AUGCGGUUUUCUCAAUCAGCCCUGCUGGGUGCUGCUGCUGCUGGUCUUGCUUCAGCUUCUAGCUUUAAGAACCAUCACUAUGACUACAUUGUUGUUGGUGGUGGCCCAUCUGGUAUCAUCACUGCCGAGCGAUUCGUCGAAGCCGGCAAGAAGGUUCUGCUUCUCGAGAGAGGUGUCGGUCCUACCGUUACAACCGGUGCCACUGAGACUCUUCCUUGGAACGACACCCUGACCACGAUCGAUGUUCCUGGUCUCUCUGCUGAUAUUGGCUCUCUUCCUGCGUGGGAGGAGUAUGCCUGCUCCGACGUUGCUGGUCAAGCUGCCUGCGUACUUGGCGGAGGUGUUACAUUGAACUACAUGGUCUUCGUGCACCCUCCAGACCACGACUUCGAUGACAACACCAACUGGCCCAAGGGAUGGAAGUCAAAGGACCUUAAGCCUGCCGCCAAGAGACUCUAUGAGCGCAACCCUGGUAGCACUUUGCCUUCUGCUGAUGGCAAGCGCUAUGACCAGAACCUUUACACUGUCCUCUCGAACCUCUUGUCCAAGGUUGGCUGGAAGUCUGUGGACAUGAUCACUCAGCCCAACGAGAAGCACAAGGUCUACAGCUACCCAUCCUGGAACAUCAAGAACCAGAAGCGUGCCGGACCUGUUCGCACUUACCUCCCUCUGGUCCAGAAGAACGAGAACUUCACCCUGGGCCUCAAGACCAAGGUUCUCCGAGUUGUUCGCUCGCAGGGUCUGGCCACCGGUAUCGAGAUCGAGACUGCUUCUAACCAGACUGAGAUAAUCACCCUGGCCAAGAACGGCAAAAUCGUCCUCGCUGCAGGUGCCCUCUCUACCCCCCGUAUCCUUUUCAACUCCGGCAUUGGCCCUGCCAAGCAGAUCAAGACUGCUCGCAAGAGUGGCAUCAGCGUUCCCAAUGAGAAGGAGUGGCUCAACCUCCCCGUUGGUGUCGGUAUCAUGGACCACCCCAUCUUCUCCAUCAACGCCAAGACCCCUGGUAACUUCAGUCUGCCCGACUACACCAGCAUCGUGGACGGCUCCGACACUACUGACAUUGAGCUCUACGAGAAGGGAGAUGGUCUCCUCACCGAGGGCAAGCACCGCCUGAUCUUCUUCAGCUCGAAUAAACUCCGGAACCACACCCGCUACUACCAGGGUUCCUGCGCCCCUAGCGGCGAUGCCCUUGUCAGCAUCACCACCUACAUGACUCACGGUCUCACCUCGUCCGGUGUCCUGGGUCUAGACGAGAAGCAAAACACAGUCUUCGAGAAGUCCCCGUACAUGAACACUCGUGGUGAUAUUCUGGCCGCCACACGCUUUAUCGACUCUCUUGUCAAGGAUAUCAAAGCUCCGGGCUCUGGCUUUGAGCUGCAGACCAACCUCAAUGUCUCUGCUAUUCUCGCUAGCCAGUCUCCUGGUAUCCACUACACCUCUUCUGCCAAGAUGGGUACCGAUAGUGGUCUUAAGAACGGCACUUCUGUUGUCGACGUAAACACCAAGGUCUAUGGAAUGGACAAUUUGUAUGUCGUUGAUGGCAGUAUCCACCCUGACCUUCCUACUGGUAACAUCCAGGCCACCAUCAUGGUUAUCGCCGAGGCUGCUGCUGCGCGUAUUCUUGCGCAGUAA